AUGCCCUGUGCGACAACUGCCAUCGCAGAUAUCGAGCGUUUCUUGGCGUCUAUCAUUUUUUAUCCGAGGACUCUGAAUCAGUACGUGUUCGCGUAUGGGGAGCACGUCAUACAACAGCGGUACUAUGUUGUUCUUGCGCAUGAAAUCACGGGUGAAGAUGUUCCCGUCAUUCGAGUGACGAAGGAGCAAGUGCUGGAUCUGGCGCAUCAGCCGGAAAUGGAGUCGUUCAUGGUCUGGCAGAAGGUUAUUGUGCAGUAUCUGUACAAUAACUGGUGCAAGGGGGAUAAUGAGGCUUCAUAUGCGAAGUAUUUGGGAUACUUGGAUGCGCGUGAGCUCUGUCCCGAGCUGGAGGGAAAUGCUUUGCGGCUCAUGUUGGUGACGGCAUGGUUUUUGCUCAAAUAUGAUGUACGCUAUUAA